CCGCGCUCCCCGCCCUCGAGCCACGGUGCCGGAGCCGCCCGCCGCCCGCGGAGGAGGUGGAGGAGCCGCAGGAGCCCGCCGAGGCGGCGGCGGCGGCGGCAAGAUGGCGGACUUCCUGCCGUCGCGGUCCGUGCUGUCCGUGUGCUUCCCGGGCUGCGUGCUGACGAGCGGCGAGGCCGAGCAGCAGCGCAAGUCCAAGGAGAUCGACAAAUGCCUGUCGCGGGAGAAGACCUACGUGAAGCGGCUCGUGAAGAUCCUGCUGCUGGGCGCGGGCGAGAGCGGCAAGUCCACCUUCCUGAAGCAGAUGCGGAUCAUCCACGGGCAGGACUUCGACCAGCGCGCGCGCGAGGAGUUCCGCCCCACCAUCUACAGCAACGUGAUCAAAGGUAUGAGGGUGCUGGUAGAUGCUCGAGAGAAGCUUCAUAUUCCUUGGGGAGAUGAGGACAACCAGCUCCAUGGAGACAAGUUGAUGGCGUUUGACACCCGAGCGCCCAUGGCAGCCAAAGGAAUGGUGGAAACCGGGAUUUUUUUACAAUAUCUUCCUGCUAUAAGAGCCUUAUGGGCAGACAGCGGCAUACAGCAUGCCUAUGACCGGCGUCGAGAAUUCCAGCUGGGUGAAUCUGUAAAAUAUUUCCUGGAUAACUUGGAGAAACUUGGAGAACCAGAUUACAUUCCAUCCCAGCAAGAUAUACUGCUUGCCAGAAGACCAACCAAAGGCAUUCACGAGUAUGACUUUGAAAUUAAAAAUGUUCCUUUCAAGAUGGUUGAUGUAGGUGGCCAGAGAUCAGAAAGGAAACGUUGGUUUGAAUGUUUUGACAGCGUGACCUCGAUACUUUUUCUUGUUUCCUCAAGUGAGUUUGACCAGGUGCUCAUGGAGGAUCGACUGACCAAUCGCCUUACAGAAUCUCUAAACAUUUUUGAAACAAUCGUCAAUAACCGAGUUUUCAGCAAUGUCUCGAUAAUUCUCUUCUUAAACAAGACAGACUUGCUUGAGGAGAAAGUACAAGUUGUGAGCAUCAAAGACUAUUUCCUAGAAUUUGAAGGAGAUCCACACUGCUUAAGAGACGUCCAAAAAUUCCUGGUGGAAUGUUUCCGGAACAAACGCCGGGACCAGCAGCAGAAGCCCCUGUACCACCACUUCACCACCGCCAUCAACACGGAGAACAUCCGCCUUGUCUUCCGGGAUGUGAAGGAUACUAUUCUUCAUGACAACCUCAAGCAGCUCAUGCUACAGUGAUGGACAGAAGACUUGCUAUUGUAAUACCUUUUUGUGUUUUUCAUUGUUUUCUGUUGGUUAUGUUUUGUUUUUAAAAAUAGCAGUUUACAACAGGAAUUAGAAAAGUUGAUUUCUAGGUAAUCUUAAGCCUUCUGCGCCUUUGGUUUGUGGCUAAAAGCUGCUGAGUAACACAUCACCAGCACCUGCCGGGAGCUGGGCCUUGCUGUCUCGCUGUAGCUUCCAUUCAAGUCCACAUGGUGGUUGGCCAGCCACAGACUACGUACGUGUGUGCCAGGCUUUUCCAUUCUUCACUGGUCAAGCUGAAUUCUCCUCCAGUGCCAAGUACAGACAGCACUCUGAGUACCGGUAGGAGCAAGCUUAGGAAUAGUCAGCUCUGAAACAGAGAUCCUCAGCCCGCCUUACACAGGCGGUGAACUUACCACCUAGCUGUAGGAUGGCUGUUUUCAAAGGGCCGUCAGAAAACAGUUGGGUGUAAGGAGUGGCGAUCACUGUACACAGCUGUGGCCUUCGCGUGCUUGGAAUUGCACACAUACACAACAGCUGUUUUAAUUUCUGUGGCUCUGAAGGUAAUGUUCUUAGUGUUUUAAAGUUUACAUAAGGAUUUCUGGUCUGAUGUGAAAGAGUUGGCAAAUGGUACCAGGAGCAGAAAGAUGAGCAAAUACUAUAGACAGUGUUUUGAUCAAAAACAAUGAUGGAGUAGUUUGCCUUUUUCAUGUUUGAUCAUCGUGUAAUUUAAUUUGCCACAGUGAAGCAUUCUGGCCACUGCAGCUCCUGUGAACUGCAGGCAACUGAGCGUAACACACAUCUGUGCCAGGGUGUUGUGUGUGCCACCUCGCAGCCCUGCCUGGAUGUGCCUGCCUGGAUGUGCCUGCCUGGUGUCCCUCCUUCCUGCAGGAGAGCCGGUCUGCAUUUUUGCCUCUCUCUUGCUCCCUGGCCAGUCCCCAACAACUAUAGACUAUGGCAUUUAAGGGGUUCAUUUGUUUGUAUGAAGCUUGCCAAGGGCAGUAUUUUCAUGUCAGACUAUUUAGGAAGGUAUUAUUUGAGAUUCCUGUUCAUUCUUGGUAUGUCGCUAAAAGAUACAGUGUGUACAUGUUUGUAUAAUUACUGUUGUGAGAUGCCAACUUUGUUGAGGUACAUCCUGAAUGUCUUAAGAAUGCUUCUAAGAAUUAGUAGUCUCUCCGGUCCUACCUAGAGGUGAUUACAUUUGUCCUCCCCUCACUGCUUACCGAAUU